AUGAUGAAACAGGAGAACACAACUCCAACACCAAAAGCUUCAUUAUUGCUGAAGGAAGAUGAUCUAUGCAAGAGAGACUCAGAGAUCUCAAGAAACUCAUCGGUCGGAAUUUCUACUCGAGUCUUCUAUUAUUUUCAUCGGAGUCUCGACAACGGAGUUCCUUUCAAGUGGGAGAUGCAGCCGGGAACUCCGAUCAAUCCUCCGCAGGAAGAGAUUGUUCGUCCGAUUACACCUCCUCCGGCGACUCUGAGCCUUAGCCUCCCUAAACCCUCAAUAUCCGUCGUCGGAGAAUCUAAUAAACAUUCUCUUAUUCCGGCGAAUCUUAAGCUUUGGAAAUGGAAGAAUAUUCGUAAGCGAUAUUUCUCUAGAUCGUCGAGCCAAAGCAUGCUUAGUAGAGGUUAUAAAAUUGCUCGUGACGGUGAGUCUAAUUCUUGUGGUGAAUUGGGGAGAUUUGAAGAGCCUGAGGAUUGCAGGUCGAGCUCUUCUUCUUCGUCGUCAUCUUCCUCAAAAGAUCGGAGAUUGAUAAAAGCUUCACAACGUCAAUGGUUUGGCGGUUUUCCAUCUCGGACCUUAAGGAACAAUCACACCGGCUUUCGUUAA